AUGAUUUGUCCAGCUUUCAGGUUUGGAGAAAACUGUUCCUACUCUUGUAACUGUACACAGAACAACACCAAAAGUUGUAAUGUCAUCAAUGGAACCUGCACAUGCAAACCUGGCUGGACAUCAAAUGACUGCUCUAUAGACAUAAAUGAAUGUCAACUUGACCCACUGAUCUGUCCUGAGUACUCAACCUGUGUAAAUCUAAAUGGCAGUUAUGAAUGUGUUUGUUAUGAUGGCCUGACAACAUCUGCCAAUCGAACGUGUAGUGCCAUCAACCAGUGUAGUGAGAGAAACUGUUCCCAUUUGUGUACCAGAGUUACCCUUGCUAAUCAAACAGCUGUUGAAAAAUGUUACUGCCCUACUGGAACAUUGUUAAGUGGAGACAUUUGCCAAAACUGCAGCAAUCUGACAUAUGGAAAAAAUUGUGCAUUAAGUUGCAACUGCAUAUCAAAUACUACAGCAAGCUGUGACAACAGGAUGGGAACUUGCUAUUGUUUGCCUGGAUGGACAUCACAAAAUUGUUCUGUUGAUAUUAAUGAAUGUCUUUAUACUAGCUGUGGGCUGUAUAGUUACUGCACAAACACCCCAGGGAGCUACAAGUGUUCUUGUUCUUCAGGAUACAUAUUGGAUGAUGCAGGGUAUUGUGUCCGUGAAAGCUGCAUUAAAACUUUGAACAGUUCUACAGGAGUUAUCCAGAGUCCUAAUUAUCCUAAUUAUUAUUAUACUAAUCUCCAAUGCAAGUGGACCAUCAUUGUAGAACAAGAUCACAUAAUAUCACUGAGGUUUUCUACAUAUGCUGUUGAAGGAUGUCCAUAUGAUUUUGUUCAAGUAUUUGAUGGGAAAAGUUCCAGUGAUCGACUAAUUGGAAAAUACUGCACCAGUGCAAGCAUACCAAACCAAAUUAUGUCCACAUCAAACAUGAUGUACAUUACAUUUGUAUCAGAUGGCGUUUACACAGAUAAAGGAUUUAAUGCUACCUAUACUUCUUUUGGUUGUCCAGCUUUCAGAUUUGGAGAAAACUGUUCCUACUCUUGUAACUGUACACAGAACAACACCAAAAGUUGUAAUGUCAUCAAUGGAACCUGCACAUGCAAACCUGGCUGGACAUCAAAUGACUGCUCUAUAGACAUAAAUGAAUGUCAACUUGACCCACUGAUCUGUCCUGAGUACUCAACCUGUGUAAAUCUAAAUGGCAGUUAUGAGUGUGUUUGUUAUGAUGGUCUGACAUCAUCUGACCAUCAAACGUGCAGUGCUGUUGUGCCUCACUUUCAUUCCACUUAG